UGUUUGAUUUUGCAAAUGGGCCGUUUUUCUAUUUAACAUAUAGAAAAUAUGGAGGCUAGAGUGUAGUCGUUACUGCUGUUUAAUUUGAUAUUUUCGACUAAGUUUCUAAAAAUGUACCAGACUGAUUAGUCAUUUAAUAGUCUUGUUUUACUGCAGGUUUUUUUUUUUAAUUGUUUGGUGUUAUCAUUAUCGUAGGUUUUCAAUAGGAGAACCACGAUUUACGCAAUGCAUACGGCAGUUAAAUACAUAUGUUUAUUUACUGCUGCUACAGUUUUUGCAUCAUCGAUAGUAUUGAGAGUUGAUCGUAGACCAGUGAAGACACUGAGUCAACCGACACCAACACUACACAAGAAAUCAUCCACUCCAACACGAACUGAAGAUACUGCAGUGCGUUCCAGUGACAAAUCUGAUACUUCGACAACGAAAAAUCAAUCACACAUUGAUGACAGUGGUCAUGUCACAAAUCAUCAACACAAAGUGGAUACAAAUCCACAUAUUGCUAUUAUCGUUACCAAUAAACGUUCUGGAUCUUCAUUUUUUGGAGAGUUGUUUAAUCAGAAUCCAAAUGCAUUUUAUUUAUUUGAGCCACUGCAGUGUUUUACACAAAUGGCUCUAAAGAACGAGAUUCCCUCUAAUGAGUUCAACUCUCUUUCAAUUAAAACACUGAAGUAUAUUUUAACAUGUGAUUUCUACAAUAUUCCUUACUUAAAUACUUGGUGGGAAGCGUUCAGAAAUUUUAUCUGCUGGAGCACUCCUUGGUCAAGUCUAUGUAAAGACAAUAAACCGAGGGAGGUAUCCAUAGAAACGGGACUUGACACGCUCGUUCAAAUGUGUAAUUUGUCUAAAUUAGUUGCUAUCAAAACUAUUCGGUUAGCUGACAUCGCCUCUUUACGCGAAUUUGUUGAAAUGUACAACAUGAAUGUGAAAGUGUUACAUUUGGUCCGUGAUCCCCGAGCUGUGAUGAAUUCAAGGUGGUACUUACAUUCUCCAAACUAUGACUUUCUUAGAAAGAAGGUCAAAGAUGAAACAAUUGACUUGUGCCAGCACUCUGUACGGAAUAUGAAAUACGUAUCAUCUCAACCUGAUUGGCUUAGAGGGCGAUAUAAACUUGUUCGAUUUGAAGACGUAGCAAGUUUUCCACAUGAGUGCGCAAGACAAAUUUAUCAAUUCUUGGGAGUAGAAUAUCCACUUGUAUUAGAUGGAUGGAUAAAUGAAAAUACUAACAAGGAUACAGCGAAUCCAUACAAUACUAAAAGAAAUUCCUCUGGCAUCAUUAAUAAGUGGAGGAAUGAGAUGGACUUUGAGCAAGUUAAAAAGAUACAAAGCAAAUGUUCACUAGCAAUGACGUCAUUAGGAUAUAAUUUAAUGAAUGAAAGUCAAUUUGUGAAUAUCGACGAUUAUGAAUCUUAUCUUAGACCUGAAGAGUUACCUUUCACAAAGCUCCAUGGCAUUUUUGUCAAGAUUAAUAAUUAAGUUUACAGUUUUAUACCUUUUAUUUUCAGGUACGACUUCAAAUUGUAAAAGGGUAUUAAAAUUGUCAAUAAAAAAUAUACCGAAACUUAUAUUAUUAUUAAUAAUAUUUUAUUGUAUUUUAUUAUUGCUAUAAUUAUUAUCAUCAAUGUUAUUAUUAUAAAUGUUCCACAAAUCAAAUGAGGUAUAUUUAAUUAUAUACUAGAUAGUGUAGUGUAAUUUCUGUUCUGUUUUUUGUAAUUAUCAAAUGAAUUUUCUUGCAAAGAUAUCAAUAAUCGGAAAAUACUGGACUUGGUUUGUAAGGUCACUGCAUUGUAAUUAUUUUCAGUCGUGUUAAAACAUCAAUAAUCCCCAAAGCGAUAUAAUGUCAAUCUGCAUUUAGUUUAUAAACAAUUGCAUUUUUGUUUGAGUAUGAAAUAGUGUCGUCGUUUGAUAGUGAGAGGUGUCACACUUCGAUCAAUCUCUAACCAAUCAAUUAUGGCUUCGAUACACAAAACCACAAAACGCCAUAUCAUUAUCCUGUUAAACUCUGUGCUCUAUCAGGAAAAUUUUAUUAGCUAAGCUAUCAUUACCUGUUGGUAAGCAUCAUUACUGUUAUUAUUAGUAUUAGUAUUAUAAUGAUCGUUAUAAUUAUCAAGGACACCAGUAUUGUUAAUAUUAUUAUUAUUAUUAUUAUUAUUAUUAUUAUUAUUAUUAUUAUUAUUAUUAUUAUUUAUAAGAUCCGUCUCACUUAUUAUAACUAAAUCUAACUGUUUUAAUGCUAACUCCUUUAGCAAAGUAGAUUCAUAUAAGCUGUGCAAGCUAGGCCUAUGUUCACUUAAAUGUGUAGGAAAAGAAUUCCACUUUGUGUCAAGUUUACAGUGAUCUUCGUGAGAUUUAUCGGGGAAAUAUUAUUAUAACAAUUCCACACAGCAGAAAUACACUUUUGUUGUUUUUUACAUUUACUAUUUACUGGUACUUUACUCUGCAGCAUGAAAACACGUGUGUUGUUGCCUAAAGAAAUAAAAAGGACCUCGUGUCUAAACGAUGAAUCAA